GGAUCUCUGUUUCCCGAAGGAACGAAGGUCGAAUCGGGCGGGAGCAGCAACUCCUCGUAUCUUCUUCUAGCCGAGUUCCUGCAGGUCUUGAGUAAAGAAAGAAGAGAUGGCCUUGAAGGUAGCUAUACUGCUGAGCUGUGUGCUAGGAAUCAGCACCCUGACCCUGGAGGACCCUGAGGAUGGAGGCAAGCAUUGGGUUGUCAUUGUGGCUGGUUCCAAUGGCUGGUAUAACUAUAGGCACCAGGCUGAUGCAUGCCAUGCUUACCAAAUUGUGCAUCGGAAUGGCAUACCAGAUGAGCAGAUUGUUGUUAUGAUGUAUGAUGACAUUGCCUAUAAUGACGAGAAUCCAACCCAAGGCAUUAUUAUCAAUCGACCAAAUGGCACAGAUGUAUACAGAGGAGUAAAAAAGGACUACAUAAAAGAUGAUGUUACACCAGAGAACUUCCUUGCAGUGCUGAGGGGUGAUGCUGAAGCAGUAAAGAAUAAAGGAUCAGGAAAAGUAUUACAAAGUGGUCCCAAGGAUCAUGUAUUUGUUUACUUCACGGAUCAUGGUGGCCCUGGAAUUCUGGCUUUUCCAAAUGAUGAUCUCAGUGUGCAAAAUCUGAACAAGACUAUUAAGUAUAUGUACCAUCAUAAAAAAUACCAAAAGAUGGUCUUUUACAUUGAAGCAUGUGAAUCUGGAUCAAUGAUGGAAAAUUUACCUGAUAAUAUCAAUGUUUAUGCCACAACAGCUGCCAACUCUGAGGAAUCUUCAUAUGCAUGCUACUUUGAUGAAAAGAGAGAAACAUACCUUGGGGACUGGUACAGUGUUGGAUGGAUGGAGGAUUCUGAUGUGGAAGAUUUGAAAAAAGAAACCCUCCACAAGCAGUUUCUCUUAGUAAAGAAGCACACCAACACUAGUCAUGUGAUGCAAUAUGGAAACAUGUCCAUCUCUCAUAUGAAAGUAAUGCAGUUCCAAGGCUCAAAAAAGGCUUCUAGCACCCCUGUUUCAUUGCCACCAGUCAGUCACUAUGACCUCACACCUAGUCCCGAUGUGCCCCUUGCAAUUAUGAAGCGAAAACUGAUGGCCACCAAUGACAUCUAUGAGGCAAAGGCAAUUGUAGGAGAGAUGAACAGACAUCUAGAGACCAGAGAGAUGAUUCAGGAGUCUGUGCACAAGAUCAUAUUUUUAAUAACAGGCUCUGCAGAGCAAGCAGAUCAAAUCUUGUCACACAGGAUGAACCUCAGAAAUUAUGACUGCUAUGAGUCAGCAGUGAAUCACUUUAAAAAACAUUGCUUUAACUGGCACAAUCCUUUGUAUGAGUAUGCUCUGAGACAGUUGUAUGCCUUGGUCAAUGUCUGUGAAACAGAGUAUCCCAUUGACAGAAUACAGUCGGCCAUGGAUCAAGUGUGCCUUGGAUAAUAAAUAUCCCCUCCAAUAAAAUCUACCUCCUUUCAAUCAAGUAAUCAAUAACCAUGAAAUUAAUGUGGAAUAAUCAAUAAGGGAUUAAGACAAAGCAAAGUAAGGUCAUUUACAUGCAUCUGUUACAAAGCAGCAAGCCUAUGGCAAAAGCUUUUUAAAAUAACGACUGGGUCCUGCACUCUAAAGCCUUUACCCUAUGCAGUGUCGUGAUCCAACCCAGGUCUGUGUUUUACUCCAGGAGCAGCAGCUGAAGUUCCCUGGCAUUAGCAAGUUCCUCAGAGCCAUGUGGAUUCCUCUGUGUCAGCCUGGGAUAUUUUUAUUUGUAAUACUUUACAAGUGGUAGGCUGACUUGUGGAAGUGGUUCUUUUGAAUUGAAAUGUGUUUAGUUUUAAUCCUUUCACAGAGGCUUUGGGCGUCUCAACCAUUUGCAGAUGGCCCAACAGAUUUCACAAAAUUGCUGUUUGUGAAUGUAAUAUUUUUGAUUUUCAUAAUGGAAGUCAGUGCUUUCAGGACUUGAAGGAUGCAUUAUUAAUUGAAAGGUUUAGAUUGCAUGGCUCAAGAACAAAAAGCCAUCAUUUCCCACCUCCCACCCCAUUAAAGCUGGGAGAAAAAUACCACUUUGCUUUAACAUGAUCCAGCUUCAUCAAGGAACAAAUCAAGGGUUCCAAGUUCAUGAGCGAUGGAAGAAUUAUUUUGCAGCUUCUCCUGAAAGAGAAUAUAUAAUCCGUUUGUUUCCACGUCUGAUGUAUGUUUACACAAGUUGGUAGGAGAUGUUGCAGUAUUUAGGGCAAUCUUUGAAUUAAAAAAGUUGAUAAACCA